GCGGCGGGCGGCCGCAGUGAGCACCUGCUGCGACCCUCGGGGCUCCGGCGCAGGGAAGAUGGCGGGCGGCAAGCCCGGCGCCUCGGCGUUGUGGUACGUGCCGGGCUUCAUGAUGCGGAUCCGGGGAUGGAAGCUGGCCUACGGCGUGGGCCACUUCCUCAACGACAUCUGCGCCACCGUCUGGUUCUCCUAUACGCUGCUGUUCUUCCAGCGGGUCCUGUGCUUCCCCAGCAGCCUGGCCGGCAUCAUCGUCCUCACCGGACAGGUCAGGGUGGCCGACUGCAUCUCCACGGUGUUUGUGGGGCUCAUGGCCGACAAGGAGAUUCAGUGGGCCAUCUGCAGAUACGGAAAACGGAAAGUCUGGCACAUUAUCGGUACCGUGUGCGUCAUCUGCACCUUUCCCCUCAUCUUCAACAAGUGCAUGGGCUGCGACGACUCGCCCAAGCUGGUGCAGCUGUGGUACUUCGUGGCGUUCGUGGUGGUGUUCCAGUUCGGCUGGGCGUCUGUGCAGAUCUCGCAUCUCUCGCUUAUUCCAUCGCUCACGACCAACCAGCGCGAGCGGACCGAGCUCAACGCGCUGAGGUACGGGUUCACGGUCACGGCCAACAUCCUGGUGUACAUCGUGGCCUGGGUAGUGCUCGGCACAGUGGCCGCGGACGACAGCGGCGGUGACGGUCCCAACAGCACCGGCAACGGCACCGCCCCCGCCAACGCCAGCUCGAAGGCCGGCAACAGCACCACCAGCUCCGGCAUCGGGCCGAGCGACGCGCCCCAUUUCAAGCUGAUCGUGCUGUCGACGAUGGGGGUGGGCGUGGUGACGUCGCUGCUCUUCCACAUCUUCACCAAGGAGCCGGCGUCGCCGGCGCUGGAGCCGGCGCCGACAGCGGGCGCCGGCUCCCUGGAGCCCCACCAGCGGCCCCACCCGUCCACCAUCCGCGAGUGGCUGAGACGCACCGAGUUCUGGAUGCUCAGCAUCGUGUACAUGAGCGUCCGGCUCUACGUGAACCUGUCCAUGACAUACAUAACUCUGUAUCUGCACGACUACCUGAAGGCCCCGAAAACGUCGGUGGCUAUCUUCCCGCUGAUCAUGUACAUCGGCGGCUUCUUCGGUUCCGUGGGCAUCAAGCUGCUGAACCACCAGCUGGGCAGACGGAUAUCACUCGGCAUCGGCGCCGUGCUGGGCAUCAUCGCCUGCGCCGGCAUCUUCUUCGGCUCGGGCAGCGUAUUCGAGCAGUACGUGGUGUACGGCAUCGCCGUCAUCCUCGGCAUGGGCGGCAGCAUCAUGCUGGUGACGACGCUCGCCGCCACGUCGGACAUCAUCGGCACCAGCGUCAAGGGCGCCUUCGUCUACGGCGCGCUCAGCUUUUCCGACAAGCUCUCCAACGGCUUGGUGGUCGAGAUCAUUCAGAACAUCAUGUCUUGCACGGCUGAGAACGAGGAUGCGUGCGGCGAGCUGUACAAGUACGUGCUGGUGGUGAUGUGCGGCGGCACCUCCGUCCUCGUGCUGCUCAUCAUCGUCUUCUACCGCUCGACGGCGCUCUGGCACCCACGCGAGGGUGGGAAGAACAAGCGCGGAGCCCUGCCCGACACCAGCAGCCGGCUCUCGCUGACCGAGAAGUGGGAGAGCGCCGGCAGCAGGCGGGUGUCCGCCGUCAGUCGGCGGCGCGCCUCCUCCAUCCCCGAGGGCGUGCUCUUCGACGGCCCUCUGCCCGCGCUCGACUUGCACUCGCUGCACGAGGACGAGGGGGAGGCCACAGCCGCGCCUGACUGCACGCAACACAUGUGAGGGCCGCGCGCCGGGCUGCGCGGCAGGGACGGCGGCGCCGCUGUCGGCGCGGCGGGAGGUGGACAGUGGCGGUGGAGAGCAGCGCGUGGACUGUUUGUGGGGAGCGGGGUCCAUGAGGAAGCGUGCACAUGCCGAGCGCUGGCCUCAGCAGUGCGGCGUCGGGGUGCCCAGUGCCUGUGGGCUGGUCCCAGCUGAGUGCUCUGAGCGCUGGCUCAGUCGGCGGCGAUGCCGCGUGCUACCUCAGCGCCCCGAUGCUCGUCCCAGCGACCGCGCGCCCGCGC